AUGGCACCGAAGCAGGAUGCUGACGUCGUGCUCCAAUCAGAUCCAGAUAAUGUCGAUAAUGCGAUUCCAGGUGCAGCUGGGGCGUUCAGACUGUACAAGAGGCGAUGGAUAGGCGUUUUUUCAUUGUUUGUUCUGGAAGUGGUCGCCAGCAUGAGUUGGCCAUGGUUUGGGCCGAUAUCUGACAGCGUCGUCGAUCAGUUUGGGUUCACACUCGACGAGGUCAGUUGGCUAGGGAACAUCAUUGCCUGCAUUUAUCUCCCAACGAGUUUUCUCGUCCCCAUCAUCACCCGACGCUAUGGGAUCAGACGAUGCUGUCAGAUUGGCACCGUGGCACUUCUCAUCUCGGCGUGGGUUCGCUAUGCAGGCACCGUGCGCUCUCUAUCCAAGCACAGCGCAUACGCCCUCAUAAUUUUUGGCCAGUUAUUUUCUGCUAUCGCACAGCCUGUCUUCCAAAUUCUGGGCCCGAAGUACUCCGAGGUCUGGUUUGAUCUCAAGGGACGCACGACGGCAACCAUGAUCCUCGCCAUCUCCAAUCCCAUUGGAGGUGCAAUUGGCCAACUCAUCUCCCCCAUCGUGGGCGAUGUUCGACAGUCUAUUCUAGUCUUAGGAAUCGUCUCCACGGUUGUCACGCCUGCCGUCUUCCUCGUCUUCGAGAAGCCACCAAUUCCCCCGACGUACGCCGGGUCCCAAAAGUCCCCUUCCAUCUUCUUGCUCAUUAAUGCUGCGGUUGGUCGGCCAGUUCCUCGCGAGGCGUACAUGACGCCGCGUGAGCGUGCAGAUUUUGGAAUUCUCGUCUUCGUGUUUGCAGUGUUGCUCUCUGCGAUCAACACAUUUUCAGUCAUGAGUUCUCAAUGGAUGGCACCUUACGGCUAUUCUGAUGAUACCACGGGCCUCAUGGGCGCAACGCUCCUCCUCGUAGGUAUAGUGGCGGCUCUCGCGAGCGCACCGGUCUUCGACCGCAUUCUUACUCGUCAUCUGGGUAUCACGAUACGCCUGCUAUGCCCUAUCAUCGGUGCGGGGUGGUUCGCGCUUAUCUGGGCCGCUAAACCGAAGGACACGGCAGGCCUGUUCGUAAUCAUGGCCAUCAUCGGUGCCGCGUCGAUAGCGUUGUUACCUGUGGCGCUUGAGCUCGCAUGCGAGCUUACUAGAAACGCAGACGGGAGCUCCGCCGUACUCUGGUUUUUCGGCAACCUCUUCAGCAUAAUAUUCCUAACAUCCCAAAGCGCCCUCCGUGCGCCAUCUACUGGAUCCCCACCGCUCAAUAUGCACCGCGCAAUCAUAUUCAAUGCUGUAUUUACUACCUUCGCCGUGUUGCUUGUCUUUGGACUCGAAGGUCGACAGGCUCGAAGGGAGCGGGACGAGAUGGUGGUUAGGGGUGAAGUUGGUGAGGCUGGCGAGACGUAA